UGUACUGUGCUGUAGUGUUCUAUGUUAAUCUGUGUUUCGGAUAGCGGAGUAUUUCGCUUUUCUCCUUUUGACAACUUCCUUCCAAGUAGAGCAACCACGCCGCAGUUUACAGGAAAACGUGUUUACCGUAUGUUGGAGCAGUGCGACUGAGGUGCAGGCAGCUUUGUCUUUUUUUCCGUGCCGGUAACAGAAAACUCUGGGGAAGACGGUCUAGUUUCCUUUGGCGUGAGGUCAUCGGCGGAUCCGUGUGCCUGCGCGGUGCGCUCUCUCCCCCCCUCCCCCCCGCCCCCAGAGCGCUGGCAACACCGCAGACAACAGCUGAAGCGGCGUCUGGUUCUCUGCACCCAUCCAGGUUAAUUCCUUGUAAGUGUGAUCUACUUCUGCUGGUUUUUGUUUUGUUUGGAAAUGGCUUCUCAGUCAACAUCAUCACAGUCUUCCCAAUCUUCGCAGUCUGUGUCAGUAUCAUUGUCAUCAGGAGAACUUCACUUUCCCGACAGUAAUAAGAUAAGGGAGCGUUCUCCUUCACCGAUGAGGGGUUUCCUCAUUCCCAGCCCUCUACCGACAAGGAGGACCAGAACUACAUCUGCAACUGCUCGGGCAGCUGAAGGGCCAGUUUUCAAAGGAAUCUGUAAGUGCUUUUCCCGUUCAAAAGGCCACGGAUUCAUUACUCCAGCAGACGGAGGGCCUGAGAUUUUUGUUCACAUCUCUGAUGUUGAAGGAGAAUAUGUACCAAUGGAAGGCGAUGAGGUCUCGUACAAGGUCUGUUUCAUUCCUCCCAAAAAUGAGAAGAAGCAGGCUGUUGAGGUGGUCAUCACCCACCUAGCACCAGGAACAAAGCAUGAAACAUGGUCAGGACAAGUUAUCAGCCCUUAAAAAUGGCCAAUGAUUGAAUCCUGCUGCCUAACAAAGGGAGUAAGUGUGAGCAAACCUCUUGAGUGAAGUAUCUGGGCAAUGUGUAGUCCAACCAACUGCUUGCAGGAUUAAAGAUAUUUUUGCAAAGGUGUUGUAUUUUAAAUGCUUAAAAACAAUGAAGCAGUUGGUUAAUAGUUUGAAUAUCACUUACUGUGCAUGUUUUCUAUUAAGGUGUCUGAGCCAGUGAAUGUACGUGUGGAGUUUUGAAACAUGCAUCAAAAGUGCAGUUCCCCAAAAAGUUUUAUUACUCUAACAAUUAUAUGAAAAGCCACACUUUCUUAAGGCAGCAGUGCAAUGCAAAUUUAUUUUAAACUACACUGCCCUUGCAAGUUAUAUUACUUUUAGUUGUAGAUUCAUUGAAUUUCUUUCACAGAGAAUCUUGUUUGUAAAUUAUGGGCUUAAUCAUGUUAAGGAAUAGUUAUCUUGCAAUAUUUACUGUUUCCCUGAUAUUCUCCAUGAUGCAUUCCUUGAGGCGGGCAGGUAACUAGGCCUCUGCUCAAUUCUCUUUAAACUUGUUGUCAGGAGAAUAAGAACACUACACUAUUCCCACUCUCCUUAAUGCACUAUAUAUGUGUAUUCAGUGGAGAUGAUCAUCAAACCUACAUUAUUUUAGAGUUGGCAACCAGCAGAGCUGCUGUCUAAACCUCUGGUUUCACCCUUUUGAAAAAUGCAGUGCCUUAAGAUUAUACCAAUGUUGAUUUGGCACUGCUAAUUCCUGUCAGGGAUCUGACCAUCCAGCACAGUACUGAUUGAUCAGUCCAGUUGUAAAUGCUGGACAUUUGUAAAAUCUUGUUUGCCAGUUUUUGGAUAGAUUCACAAAUGUCUUGGGUUUUCAGACUGUAGGUUUUGUCUUGAAUCUUUUAUUUUCUUGUAAACUUGCUGUGUACUGGUUAAUGGGAGGCACACUUGAUUGGCUAUUAUAUGUCAUGUCUUGGCAAUUGUUUGCUAUUGUUCUCAAAUGUACCUGAAGUUAAUGUAACUAUCCAGGUAAAAGGGCAUGCAGCUUUUAAGAACUCAGCCUGUGGCCUCAAAUUUCUGACAAGCACAUAACAUUUUAUACCAAUAACUCUUUGGAGAACUUUAUUUUAACAUAACAAAAUUACAAUAUUUAUAAGAUCAAAUAAUUGUCAGUGUAAAAGUGGGAAUAUCAAUUUGAAAUCAAUACAGAAAAUAAAAAUCUGGCAGUUUUAAGACCAAAAGUUAAUUGCUAAUACAGAAAAUAUGGAUUGUGGGUAUUUGAAAGCUCCCUGCAUUUAUUGACAAACAUGUUUAAAGGUAGAGGGUAGUCUUGUGUUUUGAUGUAAGAGCUUAAGAUGUUGCCACGUCUUUGUUUUCUUGACUUCUGUGAAGAAUAUUUUUAUUCUUCAGUGCCUUAGUUUCAAACUCUUCAUGCUCAGUUUGAUCUACCCCAUGACAUAUUAAGUGGCUUAUAUUUACCAAAAUGAAUAUUGUAUUUUAGUGUACUGUACUGCAAUCUGUUAAAUUCAACUGUUGGAAUUUGAGAAACUUUAACAAUUAAUGUAUCAUUUUGUGCCUUUUGGCUUUGGUAUUAUCUGUAUUUCUGAUUAGAGGACAAAUAAAAUUUGGUGUUUAAAUGAAUGAAAACAAAUCUUGCAUUGUUUUGAUAUACAUUUGUUACCAGCCUUGUAAAUUGCAAAAAAACAUAAACAUUCAACAUGAAAAUCUUCCUGUAAGAAGUAAUUUAUUUUGUAUUCAGACUGCUAACAAACUUGCUUUUUUGAUGGUGUUUUAGGAAGGUAAAGGUCAAUCUAACCAGAUGAUAGAGGGGGAUAAAAGCCCAGUUCAUGAUUACUAGCAGUCAGGAAUAAUUCCUUGAACCUGAGUUUAAAUCUGGUGAUCCUGUUGAAUACAUAAAAGUUGCAGGGAAAAAAAAUAAAUCAAUGACUUGUGCCUAAGAGAGUUUAAUAAAAUUUUUACCAGAAGAGAUGAUGGAUAUUGCACAUUUGUCUUUGAUAAUGCACUGUGCAUAGUUGAAAGUUAGAAUUUAAUAUGCUCAUUUUAUGUCAAAAUGGAACAAAUGAAUUCCAAUAUUUAAUGCUAUUCUUUAUAUAAACUGUAUUUCCUCCAGUGGUGGUGUUCUCUCAGAAAAACAUUUUAGUUUUGCAGAUUAUUUAAAAUUUGCUAAUAGGCAAAUGUAGCAACUGAAUUAAUUUUUUUCUGCAAAGUGUGGUUAAAUGUUAGUUAUUGCUUUCAGCUCCCUGCUCUAAUCUUUGAUAUUUCUUCCAGUUUGUUGAUUAUCCUCUGUUGUUUGCAUUGUUGCUAGCAUCAUAGACAUUGAGUUGCAUGGCAUGGAAACAGACUCUUUGGCCCACUGUGUCUAUGCUGACUAUCAUGCCUAUUUAUACUAAUCUCACUGUGCCUUUCUCAAUCAAGCUACCGCUUGAGUGUUGUUACUGUUUCUACCUCUACUACCUCCUCUGGCAGUUUAUUCCAUAUAGCAACUAUUCUUUGGGUGAAACAUAUCCCUCAGAUCUCCUUUUAAUCCUAUGCCCUCUAGUUUUAGACACCCCGACCAAGGGAAACACACAUUGGAUAUCUACCCUAACUAAGCCUCAUAAUUGUAUAUAUACCUCUAACAUUGCCCCUCUCAGCCUCCUUCAAUCCGGGGAAAACAGACCCAGCCUAUCCAAUCUCCCCCGAUAACUCAAGCCUUCCAUCCAGGUAACAUCCUUGUAAAUCUUUUCUGCACCCUCUCUUAAUCAUUGUCCUUCCUAUAGUGUGGUGACCAGAACUACGCACACUGCUCCAAGUGCAACCUAACAAACAUUCUUCGUGUAGCUUAACCAACAUUUUGUACAUAUUUAAGGUCACAUGAGAAUAUUGAACAAUUUUGUGGACAGCUUUUCAAGGUCAGUAGUGAGUUGCAUGCUUUCACGAAAAAUCUAAUCUAUAUUGUCUAUCUAGUACAUUUUUAAAUGUCAAUUAUAGAAAAGGUGCUGUAUUGUAGAGGUUUCGUUCUUUAUUAGAGGGGAAAGAUGUUGUGCAAUGUCAAGAUGUUUCCUUGGGAUAAGAAAAUUAGGAUAGACAGAUAACCAUCUUGAAGGACGACUCAUUGUUCUCCUUAAUUGUAAUUGGUCUUGUCAUCAAUAGGAUUUUCUCGAAGGAAAAAUUCAAAUGCAAAUUUUUUUGUGCACUGUAUCACAUUUCAGAUUUAUCUGAAGUUGAAAGAUAAUAUUUGACAUGAGAAUCUAAUCCUUUUUUUCAGGAUGUUUCAUCAUUUAAUACUGUAACUGAAUCAAACUUUGUAACAAAAAAAAUCACAAUUUUCCUUUGUGGCUGGCUGCAAAUUUUCAAGAACUGCUCCCUCUGCCAGAUAUUUCAAACUCCUCCAUGCCAUAG